CGAUUCGGCGAGGAAGCCUCCUCCACCCACUACACACCCUCACCAACCUUAUUUUAUAUUUAUAGCCCUUGAAAUUUAGCAAACACCCCCAUUCCUCUAUUGCGGGAGAGUAGAAAUGGUCCUCUAAUCCACUCACCAACUCACCAAAAUCUCCUUUUUAGAUUCGCUUUUAAAACAAAAACCAUACGCGCUGCAUUCUUCAUUCACCACUGCACCAAACGCCCACAUUAAGAUCUUUCUCUAUAUAUAAACAAGAUGAGAGGAGGAGCUCUUUGGCAGCUCGGACAAUCAAUCACCCGCCGCCUCUCCCAAUCUGACAAGAAAUCUGCCAUCAUCAACCGCUGCUUUGCCACUGAUGCCCAGCUUAAGAAAACCGCCCUCUAUGACUUCCAUGUUGAACAUGGUGGCAAGAUGGUUCCUUUUGCUGGCUGGAGCAUGCCGAUACAGUACAAGGACUCAAUAAUGGACUCGACAUUGAAUUGCCGUGAGAAUGGUGGGCUCUUCGACGUCUCCCAUAUGUGUGGGCUCAGUCUCAAGGGGAAGGACUGCAUACCAUUCCUUGAGACGCUGGUGAUUGCUGAUGUUGCAAGUCUCGCACCUGGGACUGGGACACUGACGGUGUUCACGAACGAGAAGGGAGGGGCGAUUGAUGAUUCAGUGAUAACGAAGGUGAAGGAUGACUACAUUUACUUGGUUGUGAAUGCAGGGUGCAGGGACAAGGAUUUGGCGCAUAUUGAGGCUCAUAUGAAGAGCUUUAAAGCCAAGGGUGGGGAUGUGAACUGGCAUAUCCAUGAUGAGCGAUCUCUUCUGGCCCUCCAGGGUCCUCUUGCUGCACCAGUUCUUCAGCAUCUAACAAAAGAUGAUUUGAGCAAAGUAUACUUUGGCGAGUUCCGGAUGUUGGAUAUCAAUGGGGUUCAUUGCUUUCUCACUAGAACUGGGUACACUGGUGAAGAUGGUUUUGAGAUCUCUGUUCCUUCAGAACAUGCUUUAGAUCUCACAAAGGCAAUCUUGGAGAAGUCGGAAGGGAAGAUAAGGCUGACAGGUUUAGGUGCUCGUGACAGUCUCCGUCUUGAAGCGGGGCUGUGUUUAUAUGGUAAUGACAUGGAACAGCACACGACCCCUGUAGAGGCAGGCCUCACAUGGGCAAUUGGAAAGAGAAGAAGAGCCGAGGGUGGUUUCUUGGGUGCCGAUGUAAUCCUCAAACAGCUCGCAGAUGGCCCAUCAGUCAGACGUGUUGGUUUCUUCUCUUCUGGCCCACCACCACGGAGCCACAGUGAGAUAUUGGAUGGAACUGGGAAGGGCAUUGGGGAGGUAACGAGCGGAGGAUUCAGUCCAUGCCUAAAGAAAAAUAUUGCGAUGGGGUAUGUAAAAUCCGGGUCCCACAAGCCAGGCACUGAGGUUAAGAUCGUGAUUCGCGGGAAGUCCUAUGAUGGAGUGGUCACGAAGAUGCCAUUUGUUCCUACAAAGUACUACAAGCCAUCCUAGUUGCAGAAAAGAUUUCUCCCCUCAGAGCUGUUCUAAUUUUCUUCAUUCGACAUGUUUCUGAUGAAUUUAUAAUGCUGUAAUUAACACUUCUUUUGCAAGAAUUCAGAAGGUGGUGAUACAAUCUCCCUCCUUUUCUGCUGAA